AUGGAGUGCCACAGCCUGCCCUAUCUCGCACAAUCAUAAUCACAAUCACAAUCACAGCCUUAGCUCAAACAAUGGAGCCCCCACCUCUGAAGCUCGUAAUCGUCCAUGGCCCACGUCAAGGCGAAUCCCUAGAAUUCCGACCCGGAUCCAGGAUCCGAAUCGGCCGCAUCAUCCGUGGCAACAACCUCCCCAUCAAAGACGCCGGCAUCUCCUCCAAUCACCUCUCCAUCGACUCGGAGUCUUCUUCUUCUUCAUUCGGAUCCGGGUCGGGCAAAUGGACCAUCCGUGACCUCGACUCCUCCAAUGGCACUCUCCUCAACGGCAUCGAACUUAAACCAAACACUCCUCCUCACGUUCUCUCCGACGGCGAUUCGAUCACGAUCGGCGAGUUUACUUCUAUCCUUGUAAAUUUCAACAACGAUGAGAGCCGACUCAGACGGAACCCUAGGCGCCAACGGAAUGUUAGGGUUUUGAGGAGUGAAGAAGAAGAAGCAGAAGAAUCAGAGAAAGAGAAACCGGUAAGGCAAAUGAGUAGCGGGCGGACUCGGAGCGCGAGAAAUGUUCAUGAAUCGGAGAAUGUCGAAGUUGCGGAAAAGAAACUGGUACCGGUUCGGCAAAUGAGUACGCGGCGAACUUGGAGCGUGAAGGCUGUGGCCUUGGACUCAAUGCUGGAGAAUAUUCCGGAGAAUUCGGAGGCAGAGUGUGCAGAAGUGAAGGUCAAGGGUAAAUGGAGGCGGGCCGGGACGAGGAGGACGAGGAAUUUGGGUAAAGAGCCACUGGAGAAGGUGGAGGAGACGAAUUUAGAAGAGGCAGCGGAGAAUAUAGUUGUUGAUGAUGAUGAUAAGGAGGGGUUUGAUUUGGAGACGAGGACGUUCGGGGAGUGGAUUGGUUACUUGGAGGUGCAUUUGCCGAAACAGAUAAUUGACGCGACUGAGGAGAUGAUUGAAGGUAUGAAACGGAAAGCUGAGCGAGUUUGCGAGUACAUGUUGGAGCAUAGAGGAAUGUGAAGGGCUAAGUACCGGUGGGAUAGAGGGAGUCGCGGUAAAUUGUGUAUUGUAAAUUGACUAUGCAAUUUCUGUGUUGAUGUUUAGAAUUGUAGAUAAUUGGCUAUGCGUUCAUUUUUAUUUCCAUUUAGGUAAUAUGAUAUAUUUAGUUGGUGAUCUUGUGCUUGGAGUCAUUGGUUUCGUUAGAUGAAAGUUUUAAGUCUAUUGGGUGAUAUAGUUUAGUGUUUAGAAGUUGUUCUCAAUGUAGGAAUUUAGGGGCUUCGAUAAGACUGUAUUAGGCAAUCGUUGGAUCAGUGAGGCAGCUGUGGAUGGUUUUUCUGGAACUUAUGUUAGGUGCUUGCAAGGCCCUUUAGGUCCUAACAUGACCGGUAUUUGAACAGGAUUCUUUGGACAUGUAAAAACUCUCACAAAUUCAUUUGUUUCUGUGUAUAUUGUUUUUGAAUCUUCUUAGUAUUUACACAGCAGGCAAAAUAUCCAAAACGUCCAAGCACAUCCUGGCAGUGCAACAUGGGAGGAUGUCCCGUAUCUGACUGACCUUGAAAACUAGUCACCAAUUGGAAUGUUUCGAGUCUCAGGAUUUUUGCAGAACGCUGCUACUGACUAGUCUUGCUCCCAUUGGUGAGAUAAGAUAUUUGGAAGAAUAAGCAAUGCCAUUUUUCUCCGGAUCAAGCUGUGAAGUAAUUACUCUACAAACCUCAUGCAUUCUUCAAAGGAAUAUGGCCCUUCCAUGUGAGGCAGCCAGUUUGAAGAGGAUUGCUUGGACUUUCAUUGGAAAUGCUUUUCUUCAGGGCCUUCAAAAUCAAUAUGUACCUUGUUCAUACUAAUAGAAAUCUGUUUUUUACCUCCAUUUUUCUUCAUCGUUCCUGGUUAUA